GACAAGUAUCCCACAAAUUCCACUGAUCUCUCUUGUUUUUGUUCUCUUACGCAGGGUUUCCAGUUUCCAAACCUGAUGUGAUCUCCCGGCUGGAACGAGGGGAAGAGCUGUGGGUCCCAGAUCUCCAGGGCUCUGAAGAAAUAGAGCUCCAGAAAGGUGCCCAGACAGGUAAUUGGAUGGUGAGUGAGAACGAGGAGCAGAAUCCACAGCAGGUUGAUGCUGAGCAACUGGAACCACAUGGGACAUUAGCAGGAAGAUGCAAAGAGAAAGUUUCUGGGAGCUGUGGAGAGGCUAAAGCCUGUGAGAGUCAGCAUAGGCCAGAGAAAACCUUCAGUAGCUGCUCAGACGUUAUUAGACAUGAAAGAAUCAACAUGGAAGAGAGACCCUACACAUGCUAUUAUUGUGAGAAAAGCUUCAACCACAGCUCAAACCUCAGCAGACAUCGGAGAGUCCACACAGGAGAGCGACCGUACACAUGCUCUGAGUGUGAGAAAAGCUUCAAUCGGCGCUCACACCUUAUCACACAUCAGCGAAUCCACACAGGAGAGCGAUCCUUCACAUGCCCUGAGUGCGGGAAAAGUUUUAGACAGGACUCAGCUUUUAUGAGACAUAAGCGAACCCACACAGGCAAUGGGAUGGUGAGUGAAAACAAGAAGAAGACCUCCUGCCAGGAAGAUGCUGAGCAAGUAGAACCACAUGGGACAUUAGCAGGAAGAUCCAAAGGGAAAAUUUCUUGGAGUUAUGCAGAGGCUAAAGCCUGUGAGAGUCAGCAUAGGCCAGAGAAAACCUUCAGUAGUGGCUCAGACCUUAUUAGACAUGAUAGAAUCAACACGGGAGAGAGACCCUACAUAUGCUCUGAGUGCGGGAAACACUUCACUCGGCGCUCAGACCUUAUCACACAUCAAAGAAUCCACACAGGAGAGCGACCUUACACAUGCUCUGAUUGUGGGAAAAGCUUCAAUCGAAGCUCAAACCUUAUCAUACAUGAGAGAAUCCACACUGGAGAGCGACCCUACAAGUGUUUUGAGUGUGGGAAAAGCUUCAGUGAGAGCUCACACCUUAUCAGACAUCAGAGAAUUCACACAGGAGAGCGACCCUACAAGUGUUCUGAGUGCGGGAAAAGCUUCAGUGUGACUUCACACCUCAUUAGACAUCAGCGAAUCCACACAGGAGGGGGAUCCUUGACAUGCUCUGACUGCGGGAAAAGUUACAAAGACAGCUCAUACUUCAUCAGACACCGGAGAGUCCACACGGGAGAGACAUCCUACAAGUGCGCUGAGUGCGGGAAAAGCUUCAUCAAGCGCUCACACCUUAUUGCACAUCAGAGAAUCCACACAGGAGAGGGCUCCUUCACAUGCCCUGAGUGCGGGAAAAGCUUCAAAGUCAGUGCAUACCUCAUCAGACAUCGGAGAGUCCAUACUGGAGAGAGACCCUACAGAUGCUCUGAGUGCGGGAAAAGCUUCAAUCAACGCUCAAGCCUUAUCAUACAUCAGAGAAUCCAUACAGGAGAGCGACCCUACUCAUGCUCUGAGUGUGGGAAAAGCUUCAAUGUGAGCUCACACCUUAUCAGACAUGGGCGAGUCCACACUGGAGAGAGACCCUACACAUGCUUUGAGUGUGGGAAAAGCUUUCGUUGGAGCUCAGCCUUCAUCAUACAUAAGAGAAUCCACACAGGAGAGCGACCCUACACAUGCUCUGAUUGUGGGAAAAGCCUCAAUGGAAGAUUACAGCUCAUUACACACCAGAGAAUACACACAGGAGAGCGACCCUACACGUGUUCUGAGUGUGGGAAAAGCUUCAAUGUGAGCUCAACCCUCAUCACACAUCAGAGAGUCCAUACAGGAGAGAGAUCCUUCACAUGCUCUGAGUGCGGGAAAAGCUUCAAACACAGAUCAAACCUGACAGCACAUCGGAGAGUCCACACUGGAGAGAGACCCUACACAUGCUUUGAAUGCCAUAAAAGUUUUAGUCAGAGCUCACACCUUAUAUCACAUCAGAGAAUCCACACAGGAGAACGACCCUACUCGUGCUCUGAAUGUGGGAAAAGAUUUAGUGAGAGGAAAACCCUCAUCACACAUCAGAGAAUCCACACAGUAAAGACACCCUUCACAUGCUCUGAGUGCAGCAAAAGUUUUAGACAGAGGUCAGCUUUUAUCAGACAUAAGAGAAUCCACACAGGCAAGUAAUGCCAUAAACCUCUUGACUAGAGCUGGCCAAAGAUUUUUUGUAAAAUAAUUCCCAAGUAAUUUGCACCAUUUUGUUCAGUGUGGUCUCUCAGCUCCACGUCAGUUGCCUGCCUCUGUCUUUUGCCUCUUCUCUUUCGGGGUGAAUCCCAUCAUCCUUUAUCAACUCCUUUGUCUGCUAUCACCUGGAACUGUGCCCCCCUCCUGCCAGAAAUAUCCAUCAGCGCCAGGUGGGGGAGAUGGGUUUGAC